UGUUUCCCGGAUGUCACUCUCGCCGGAAGAGAAGCGAGUUUCUUUGCGGGCCGGCCAUCUUGUGUGGGUAGCAAGCGAGCGCGUAGGGGGUGGGCCGGGGCCUGGGCAGUAUCGGAGGAGGAUCCCACCGAGAGGGGCCCAUCAUGCCCGGACACCUGCAGGAAGGCUUCGGUUGCGUCGUCACCAACCGCUUUGACCAGCUCUUGGACGACGAAUCCGACCCCUUCGAGGUGAUCCAGGCGGCCGAGAGCCGCAAGAAAGAGAGCGGAGGCGGAGGGGGCCAUCAAAGCAGUCGUGGAGGCGGCGGUGGGCAAGCGGCCCAGGCCAACUCCUCAGGCGGCGGAUCGGGCCAGGCUGGCUCUGGUGGCGGGAGCGGCAGCGCGGCCAAGCAACUGCGCAGGGAGUCGCAGAAGGAGCGCAAAAACCCACUGCCGCCCUUCACUGCCUCCUCUGGGCCUGGCGGCGCCGGGGACCGAAGAGAGGAUGGGGGCGGGCAGCCUGGCUCCGCGCCCCUCAGGAAGGAAGGGAUAAGGCGAAUUGGCAGAAGGCCUGAUCAACAGCAGCCUCAAGGGGAAGGCAAGCCUAUUGAGAGGAGGCAAGAGAGACGGCCACCUCGUGAACGCCGAUUUGACAAACCUGCUGAAGAAAAGGGUGAAGGAGGAGAAUUUUCUGUUGAUAAACCCAUUAUUGAUCGUCCUAUGCGUGGCCGUGGUGGCCCAGGUGGAAGAGGGGGCCGUGGUGGCAGAGGGCGUGGAAUGGGCAGAGGAGAUGGCUUUGACUCUCGAGGCAAACGUGAAUUUGAUAGGCAUAGUGGAAGCGACAGAUCUUCUCUUUCACAUUCGCAUUUCAGUGGUCUAAAGCAUGAGGACAAGCGUGGUGGAAGUGGAUCGCACAACUGGGGAACUGUCAAAGAUGAGCUAACUGAUUUGGAUCAAUCAAAUGUGACAGAGGAAACACCGGAGGGAGAGGAGCAUCCACCUGCUGACUCAGAGAAUAAAGAGAAUGAAGUAGAAGAAGUCAAGGAAGAAGGUCCAAAGGAAAUGACUCUGGAUGAAUGGAAAGCUAUUCAAAAUAAAGAUCGGGCAAAGGUUGAAUUCAACAUCCGUAAACCAAACGAAGGCGCUGAUGGACAGUGGAAAAAAGGUUUUGUUCUUCAUAAGUCAAAGAGUGAGGAGACAAAGGGGGUGACAGAGAUGCAAGGAAGUCAGAUGGAAUCCAAUGAGCCUCAUGCUGAAGACUCCGUAAUGGAUCAUCACUUUCGCAAGCCAGCAAAUGAUAUCACGUCCCAACUGGAGAUCAAUUUUGGGGAUCUUGGUCGUCCUGGGCGUGGUGGCAGAGGUGGAAGAGGAGGUCGUGGACGUGGGGGAAGAGCUAACCGCGGAAGCAGAACUGACAAGUUGGUUAAGGAGUUUGAUGUGAUCCACACACCCAACCAGUCAAGUGCUUCUGCUCCUGAUGUUGAUGAUCCAGAAGCUUUCCCAGCUCUGUCCUAAACUGGAUGCCCUAAGCCAACCCUGCCCCUUGUUGGGCCCUCCUCUACAAGGCUUGCAUGCUUAAGGAUCCUAAAAACAACUUAAGAAAUUAAAAAGGGGACUCUCAUUCAUACCAUUCACACCUGAAGACUGAAUUUUACCUGUUUUGAAAAUGAACUUCUCUUGCUACACAGAAGCAACAAUAUGGUAGUCAGUUUUGUAUUUAGAAAUGUAAUGGUAGCAGGGAUGUUUUCAUAAUUUUUUUCAGAAAUUAUGCAUUCUUCAUGGAUACUUUUUUGUAUUGCUGCUUGAAAAUAUGCGUUUCCAAACUUGAAAUAUAGGUGUGAACAGUGUGUACCAGUUAACGCUUUCACUUCAUUUGUUUUUAUUUUUUUAAGUUAGAAUUUUAGAUGUUUUCCCCCGAACGACAAACAAUGUUAACUCUUGCACACACUCUUUCUUUUAGUACUGCUUAGCAGAUUGUUUUCAGUCCACGGUCAGCUGGGAUAUGUACAAAAAUAAUUUGGAAAAUUGUUAGUACUGUGUGGAAUACUAACUUCUGGAGUAUUUUAAGUUUUUAAUACUUAAAUUCAAAUGGAAAAGUCCAUUUUCUUCUAUCUUUGGUAAUUUCUGUAUUGAAGGUCUUUAUACAAAAUUGAUAUCAGAUACUUGAAAAAUAGUCAAAGCACAUUGGUUUAUACUCAAAUACCUUCAUAUGAAUCCAGCAGCUCUGUUUGGAUAAUUGGUCUAAGCCAUUUUAAAAGAACUCCGUGUUCCACCUCUCAUAUACACCCUUUUUAUCUUACUCCCUUUUUUCUUCAACAAAAUUAGUUGCUUGUUUGGUAAACUUUGUUGAAAUUUCUUAAUAUUGUUGCUACCAAAAAUACCUUGUAGACUGGAGCAACCUUUUUUUCAAAAUUUGGGAGGUUGGGAAGGGAGUGGCAUCUAUUUCUAAUACAGUUGGUUUAAACUACGUUUGAUACUUGUCUGGCAAUGCAGUAUAUCCACAUAAAAAUGCAUCUGCAUUGGAUGCAUUCAAACACUGUUCCAUUAGCUGCAACCCUGGUCCUAAAGAAGAAACCCAAGGGCACUGUGUGCUACUUGGGAGAAGGAUUAUUUGGUUCAUGUAAGUUGGUGAACAAAGAGCAUCAAAAUGAGGCAGCCAUGGUCUCCGUGGGACAUAAACCAAAACCUCACCACCUAAUUGAAAUGUUAUGGAGUUUUGCUCUAUUAUUUCAGCUUCUGAUCUCUGCUGGCUGACAAGUGAAUGUUUCAUUUUCAGAGGGUGAUUGUAAGAAGUUCUCCUUCCACUGUAGAGUUUUCUUAAUAGUUUUAACUUAAUCCCUGUGAACAGGAAUGUUACCACUUUCAAAACACAAAAGGACUUGAACAACAAAAAAUAAAAAGGACUUCUUAGG